GCAAAAUUUGUCUUGAUGAAUCGUGCGUCAUCCAUCACAGCGCGCCGUUCCAGGGUGCACACACCGCCCUCGUAUAAAACCUCAUCGCUCUUUUAACGGUUGUUCUUUGGGCCGAGGGAUUUGUUCACAAAGCUGUCAGGUAUGGCAAGCAGUUCUUUCCUCGCUCUGCUGUUCGCAGUUUUGGCGACGGCGAAGGGACAAAGAUAUCCAGACGGCUAUCCAGAUAGCUAUCCUGGAGAAGUAGGCCCAUAUCAAGGGGAUGGUCUAAAUCCAGUUGAUGGCCCAUAUCCAGGUGAUGGCCCAUAUCUAGGUGAUGGUCCAGUUGUCGGUGGAGCAGGUUUAUAUCCUGGAGACGGUCCAUAUCCUGAUCCAUAUCCUGGAGACGGUCCAUAUCCUGAUGGUGAGGGUGUGUAUCCAGGUCCCGACAUCUAUCCAACAGAUGGAUACCCCACGGAUUACGAGGGAGGUUACAACGUCAGAUACGGAAAUCCCUACAAAGAUCCCCAUGUGAGAGAUCCUCGAAAAUACAGACAUGGAUAUCAAUAUGGCCUCUCUCCAGAGGAUAUUGCUUUCAUUAUCAGAGAGAAGGCUUUCCCAGCAAACAUGCACAUUGUGCCGAGAACAUUAUACUGAACAACAGGCUACGGUAUGACACUAAAGUAGACGUCCAAAGAAAAUUGUUUAUUGGUGAUUUUUUGUCAAAUAAACUUAUUUAUAUUGCCA